GGAGUGUCGAUAACUGAACUUUUGGUAGAGGAAGACGGGAAACAAACACCUGCUGUUGGCAAGAUUAGGAUUCAAUUCUCUCUCUCUCUCUGAGGCGAAAGACACAGGAAAGAUCCAGGUGGAGAAAAGGGCUAGUCGAGCUUCUUCUUGCGAGCUUGCUCAAGGAAUGGAAGGGAAAUCUGGAGAUGCGAUGAAGGCUGUGGAAGAGGAGGUGGUUCCAGGCAAGGAAAGCUCCGGGGAGGCCAAGAGUGAGAGCUCGAGCGAGACGAAUGAGCUUCUGGGUAGCGCCAAGAACGACGUCGCAAAGCAAGCCGACGCUGGAUCUCGCGAUCUGAGCAUGGUCCAGCCUUGGACGAACGAUGCCACCGGCAACAGGCCUGCGGCAAUGUCGACCCAGCUUACCAUUUUUUACGGUGGAAAUGUCAGCGUGUUUGAUGCAAUUCCGCCAGAAAAGGUCCGUGAAAUCAUGCUAAUUGCUGCGGCGGCGGUGGCUAAGCCUGGGGAUGUGAAGAGCAGCGGGAGCUAUGGCCCGUCUUCACCAGCUCUUACAAGGUCCCCUUCACUGCAAAGUACUGCCACUGCUUUGGCUUCACCCAAGCCUCAGCUCUACCCAAUGCAGCAAAACCCGCUUUGCAAGUUGCAAGCUGAUUUACCAAUUGCUAGGAGGCACUCCCUGCAGCGAUUCUUUGAGAAACGGCGUGAUAGGUUGGUGAACAAGAUACCAUAUCCAAAUCCAUCAGGAUCAAAACUGGCUGAAGACAAACAAACCGGUCUCGGAACAAUGGCUUCCUCCCAUGUCAGUCAUGAUGAAAAGCCCCUUGUGCCUCAGGAAGAGAAUCAGCUGAAGGCCACAGUGCAGAUUGCGUGACCUUUAUCUAUCCCAUAGUGUAACAUGUCUCAUGUCAUUAUGCAUCUAAUGUUCGUUCGUGUCUGUUGUGUGUGCCGGGUGUGUUUACCCCGGAUGUAUCUGUGUCUGCGCUAAUGCAAAGCAUGUUGGACUCUGAUGUAUGACUUGUACUUGUCUUAGGACACGGACAUGUGACUAGUUUCUGAUCACCAUCGUAUUAAUGAAGGAUGUCUCCGUAAUUGUUUGUCCUCUAUUGUCUGCGCAAUGUGAUGCCCUUGUUAUAAUCUAA